AUGGCAUCGAUUGACGGCGACCAGUAUCUUCGGUCAUUGGCAUCGUAUAUUAGAUCGAAUGAACGUCGAUUAGCGGCUGCGUUACAAUCGAAACGGAAUGGGACGUCGACAUCUUCUACGGACGCAGCGGCAUCUGCCUUAUCUGCACUUUACUCAUGGACUACGGCUGGAGCAUCGGCACCUUCGCCCAUGCGACCGGUGACAUUGAGUCUAUCACCGCAUCACCUUUUCUACCUCCUCACCCGCUUCGAAGAACUCGGCAUCUCAGUCGGCCCUAUGAACGUACGCCUGGAAACCCUACACAACGAAGCAUCUCACCCCAACUACGUCUCCUUCCUGAAUGCACAUCAUCAAUCACGACGAAAAGACUUGACCAGCGACUCGGCAAGUAUGCGAAGUGUCAGCAGCAUCCGAAGCGUGAUGUCGGGUAUGUCAUCAUUAUGGUCAAUGGUCGCUGGUUCAGGACAACCGAGUGAGGAAAGGGCUGAGAGGAUUCGAAGGGCGUUGGAGGCGGAUAUCAAGUAUAUAUACAGUUGUUUCACAAAGUUACCGGCAUUACGACUUUCGCCCGAUAGAGGAUCGAAACUGAUAGAGGGAUAUGAGGAGUUUCCGUUCGAUACUGCGGUGCCAUUGUUGGCGUUCAAGAACGUGUCGUCGCUUGAGGUUGUGGAUCUAGACGUCCGACAAUUCUACGGCUGGGAUCAGAUUUCGGAGCGUGUUCGGUCCCUCGUGGUCAAACGCGGCGGCAUCGAAGAUGCGUCAGAAUUGAUCGUGGAUAUCGUGUUGGACGAUAUGGACAAACGAAGACAUCGAUCCGCGAAACACUCUCCGACGGGAACGGAUUACGGAUCAAACCCACCUAGCCCAAACUUAGCUAACGCGAGUUUUGGCAGUUUCGGGGCUGUACCGCAGAGUCCUAGACCUGGGAGUGGAGCACAGAACAACUCGGGCCCGAGGUCGGCUAGUCCACGAAGACCGGCGAGUGCGAGGGAUAGAGAAGGGUCGUGGCGGUUACGAUCACCUAGAUUGGCACGGUCCGAUACGAAUUCGUCAACUGCUUCGUCGGUGUCUGCGUCUAGUUCGAGUACGGUGCAACCGUCGGGUGCACAUUCGCCCGGUCAGCUCCCGGCUUCGAAGUGGAGAUUUUUGAGACAUCUCUCGUUGGCGGAUAAUGCGCUGCAUACCGUCUCGCAGGCUAGUGUCGUCCCGUUGGCGGGUACGCUCGUAAGUAUGGAUUUGUCGAGUAACCUGUUCUUGACCAUCCCUCAAGCUUUGUCGAAUUUGACUGCGCUGAAGAGUUUGAAUUUGGCGAAUAAUAUGAUUGAGUCGUUACAUUCGCUUACGCAUUCGCCGUUGGCUGCUGUUGCGGUUCUUAGUCUACGGGCGAAUAGGUUGAGAUCGCUGGCGGGGAUUGAACGGUUACCGACGCUUGAGAGGUUGGAUUUGAGGGAUAACAAGUUGACGGAUCCGACGGAGUUGGCGAGGUUGACGUCAUUGCCUAACCUAAGGGAAGUGUAUGUCGCGGAUAACCCAUUCUGCAAAACGCAUGCGAGUACGUACCGCAUUACCAUCUUCAACCUGUUCCGCUCCACCCCGGGAUAUGAGGAUGAUAUCGUAAUGGAUGGACAAGCACCUGGGUUGGUUGAGCGAAGAGCGUUGGUCGAUAGGGUUAACGACGUACUGGUUCCUGCUGCUGCGAUCCCGGAGUUUGAGGAGGUUGGAACGCUGGAGAGUAGUGGGCUUUCACGGGUGGAUAGUCCUGCGUCGGCGAUGGGCCCGCCGGAGGUUAAGUCUCGAAAGAAGAAGGUUGGGAGACGGCGGAUUGUGGAGUUGAGUGCACAAGAUGCUGCCGCACAGGCUAAUGCCACUGCUGCUGGCAGCGGUGGUGUUACGAGUGAUGACGCGUCUAGUGUGCAGACUGAUGCUGCGAUCUUGGGAACGAGUCCAGGCGAUAAAGGGGAGGAGUAUCGAAAGAAGAUCGAGGCUUUGAGGAAUGAGGUUGGGAGUGGGUGGUUGAGGGUACUUGAGGAGCAG